CCCAGCAUGUCCCCCACGUGAUCCCGGGGCCCAUGUACGUGUGGGAGGGGAGGAACUGAUGCUAUCGAUUAUGGUACCUCAUCGCUCAGAGUUAUAGCUGUCCUUCUUGAGGAUAUUGAUUCUACUACAGGGGACCACUGCUGCGAGUUCAUCCUAUAGAUGCUAGUAGCUGUUACACAUCCUCCAUUUAUUAAACACGGCCAUUGCCUGAGGACUCACUGUGCAAUACAACUCUGCUCCCCCAAUUAUCUUCAUUACUAAAGUGCAACCAAAGAAAAGAGGCGGAAAGCAGGGUCACCACCAUAUCACUAAACUGUACAUACUUUAAAUCCCAGAGGCUCAAUAUUUAAGAGUGGGCAUAAUGUCUGCUGGUGACUCCCUCUCUUCCGUUCACUCUCCACCAGUUUACCAAUCUGUACAACAUCUUGUGGAUAAGAAGGGUCGUUUAUGGCAGGAGAAGACUCUAGUCAUUAAACCUAAUGAUCAUGGCUAUGGCUUCUCACUCUCCGGAGAGAAGCCUGUAUUUGUUGAUAGUGUGGUUGAUGGGGGACCUGCUUAUAAGGCUGGUAUAAGGCCUCAGGAUCGUCUCCUUAAAGUUGAUGGCCAGUCUGUAUUUGAUAAGACACACACUGAAGUAGUGAACCUUUUAAAAGGAGCAACUGUUGUCUCACUGACUAUUAUUACGCAAUACACUCAAAUUUCAAGAGACCAAUCUGAUACUUCAGGUGGUGCUGGCCUACAGAUGAUACAAGAGCUGACAUUGAAUGCGUUGAGGACAAUGUUAGAGAAACAGCAGAGCACAUAUGAGCAGCUGGUAGUGGAUUAUUCAAAAGGAGCCAGCACCAAACUAGAGCAAGAGAUAAGAGAAUGUGAGGAUACUAUUAAGACACUGAAAGCUGAGAUAGCAGUUAAAGCAAGCUCUGUUGUUGAUACUGUAGCCCAGACUACUGAGGCUAGUAUUAAUACACUGCUGGGUAGCGAUAAAGCUUCAGAGAGACGUGGGAGACUAGCAAGAGAAGACUCACUCCUAGCACAGAAGAUACUCUGCACUAUAACAGCUGAUGAUGAGAGUGAGAGCUCUAAUUUUCCUUCUCAUCACUCCUCCUCCUCCCCUUCUACAGUACCUCAGUCGUCUCUCUCUCUUACUUCAAGCACUGCCACUAAAUAUAAAAGCCCUAAAAUGUUCCGGAAGCAAUCCAUACCCAAGGCUCAGAUACAGCAGGUUGAUUCAGCUCCUCACAGUCGGACAGCUUCUCCUACAAAGGUUGUAAGGACUCAGUCAGUUCUCAAUGACUCGGACCUCUCGGACGAAGAUCUUGAGUUUGGAGCUCCUCAUUACGGACCUUUCUCUUCUUUACAAGAAUUAAAUAAUUAUCCUGCUCACAUGUCUGUGUUUCUUCAUUAUCUCUUCCAAAAUAAAGAGCCAAAAUAUUUAUGUUUUUAUCUUGUUGCUCACAGUUAUCAGAAUCACUACAAAGGUAGUGAAUUGAAACAAAGAGGACUCGAAAUAAUGUGGACAUUCUGUUUCCCAACAUCACCUUUAUUUGUUGGGCUAACCGAUUCUGUUAGAACAAAGAUACUUGAUACUUUAGAAAACGAAGAAAAUGAGAUGAAGCUGAAGAGUGUCUUUGUAGAGUCGAGAGAUGUCGUGGCCUAUCAGAUUGCAGAUGAUCUGACAGCGUAUAGACACAAGAGGACACUGGGUCUGGGUAGCAUGUAUGGGGAACAACAACUUACAGAUCACAUGACUCCAGCUAAAGAGAGUGAAACUUCAAACACCACUCUGAUCAGAAUUCUAAAAGACAUCAUCUCUGACAGAAUAGACGGAGUAGAAGACAUCAAUAAAAACCAUGCAUUAUCAGAUUCAGUCAGUACUUUUCUAAUGGACAUCAACAAAGGAAAGGCAAAGUUUGAUUCAUCAAUUGCCGACCGGAUGCAAAGCUUCACAAGGACAGAGCUGAGCAAGAGGAAGAGUGGGAAGACAAAGAAGCAGUCCAAGUGUGGCCAUAGCUUCCAGCUGUCAUCGUACCAGAAGCUCACAAUCUGUCAUCAUUGUGAUAGAGUCUUAUGGGGCAUACUGUACCAGGGAUACCAGUGCAGUGUCUGUGAGAUGAAUGUCCAUCGGUAUGGCUGUAUCGAUGAGAAUCUCGAGACUUGUUCUGGUAAGAAGAAAAAGAAGUUUCACGACAGAAAAGCUAGUGGAGGUUAUACCAGUAGUCACUCUACUUCUGAAUUAGACAAAGAUUCUGAGCCUCCUCCUCAUAUUUCUGCUGCCGAUAAUGCUCACAUGUUUGACGAUGAUUCGGGAUUCAGAUCAAGGCGUAGAUCAGUCUCUGAUCCAAAACAGACCCUAAUGGGAGUUAACUUGGAAAAGGAAGAACAGAGUGUCCAAGAAGAGAUUUACUAUCAAAAGAAAAAGAAAUCAGCUGCAACUGUCUCAAGGACACAAUCACUCAAGGAGAGGAGAUCAGAUGGUACAGUACCUGUGGCCUCAGGUCACCCUCAAAGCAGUCAAGACACUUCACUAAACACGACUCCAUCUUGGACAAGCGUAGCAUCCUCAUCCUCAGUCUCUGAUGAGAGUCUCAACAAUAGUUCUCUAACCUCAAGCUCAGUCCCUACUUCCGCUGGACCACUAGGAACCACCGGCAUCAUCAGGGGGAGCACCCUGGACACUGUGAUUGAGGACGGGAAAGGAAUGAGAUCAAAGUCACCAUUCUUUGACGAAGAGACACUCUUGGAGUUAAAGGAAGCAGACGUCGAUGAAGAGCUAAUACCAUGGUCGCUAUCAACAGCAUCAAGUGUUGUUAAACGUCUUCAAAAGUUUGAGGUACAGAGACAAGAGCUACUGAAGGAGUUUAUACAUACUGAGAGGACACACUUAAAGAAACUAGUCACCAUGAAACAUAUAUACAGAAAUCCGUUAUAUCAGGCUGGGCUCCUAUCUCUUCAACAAACCGAAUCACUCUUUCCUAGUCUGGAUAGACUAGUAGAACUACACAAUAGUUUCUGUAAUGAGUUAAAGGAGAGGCAGGCUCAGUAUUAUGAUGGUGUAGUCCACAAGAUUGCAGACAUUUUUCUAGCCAGAUUUGAAGGCAAGCCUGGCGAGCAGUUAAGCAACGCUUGUGCUAUUUUUGCUUCGAAUCAAUCAAAGGCCGAAAAACUCAUCAAAGAAUACUCUGCAAAAAUACCAAAAUUCAAAAAAUUCCUUCAAGAUGCUGAGGCCAAUCAGUAUUGCCAUCGUAGAUCCAUCAAAGAGUUGCUGCCCUGUGUGUGGACCAGACUCACCCGCUAUCAGUUGUUAUUGGAGCAAAUUCAAAAACUAAACAAGAAGCACUUUGAUAAGUUAAAACCUGAAGAUAAAGAGGAGUCUGAGAAGUUAAGUGUAGCUUUUGACUGUGUACGUAACAUACUGGUGUAUGUGAAUAUGGUCGUUAAGCAAACAGAGAACAGACAGAAGCUCCAGGACUAUCAGUCCAGACUCGACUCGUCUCAAAUUGACAGAUCGACCCAUCAGAUCACAGAGAAAUACAAGGACAUUAACUUGACGGCAGAAGGAAGGAUACUUCUCCAUGAGGGAAUACUGACAUGGAAAAUAUCACACAGAAAAACAGUCGAGGUUAAAGCACUCCUGCUCAGUGACAUAUUAGUGUUACUACACAAUCAAGAAGACACUGAUAAAGUGAUACUGAAACAGUACCACAUUGAGCCAAUAGGAGUGGGUGAAGUGAGAGAAGAGAUAUCACCAAUAAUAAGAGUAAAGGAAAUGAUACUGAGACAUUAUGCUACUGAUAAAGGUGGGCGGUCAUUCUUGGUUGUUAAUAACAGUCAGUUAAUGAAGCGAGCUCAAAUGUACGAGUUUACAGCCGAGAGUGCCCAAGAGAAGAAGAAAUGGGAGGAUAACAUUGAGAAUGCUAUGAAAGGAAAAUAUGAUAUAUUGCCUGAAUUACUGUCUCCUACAAUAGAAGAAGAUACUUCAUUCUCUCAACAGAUUCCACUCAUCCCUCGCAUGUCCACAGUUGCACUCAGAGAGCAACUUGAUAAGAUUGAUGACAGCAUACAGAAGCAGUUACAGGAGAAGUUGUCUCUCCUUAGGUCAUUACAAGCCGUAAACAAAGACGAUAGCAUAACCUCAGUCACUCAUGCUUCACCAGCUAAUGUAGUUGAAACCUCUUCAAUAAUAUUUCACACCGUUGGUGAACUGACAUCUCAAGUCUCCAAACUAUUAGUACCAAAUCCAACCAAACAGAUAGUAACUGAUGUACAGUACCAGUUGGCUGAACUGACCAGUCACCUACACAGUGGACUAUCAGAGCUAUUAAUGUCACUUGGUAAAGAAGGUAUAUUGCAGACUCUUGAGCGAACAACAUCAUCAGAUGACCCUCCUGCUUCGCCCCAACUAGAUGAGACAUCAGAUGCCGCAACAGUCAGUCCUUCAGAUGAACAGUACAUCAUGAUUAACGAGUCCACGCCCAAUGCCACGCCUCUUCCUAACGGCACACACUCCAGCCCCCACAUAAGUGAACACGUUCCUCUUGCGUUACCAUCAGACGAUAAAAGACUCCCCUCUGUUCUCAAUAGAGGAGAGUGUAUUGAUCAGGAGUCAGAUGAUGAUGAUGAAGGAGGCUCACCUCCUCCUCUACCUCACAAGCCUCCUCCCUCCAGUAGUAGCGCUAGCUCUGCCACGCCCCCAGAUCUCCUUGACGACGAAACCCCGCCUAUAUUGCCGAGAGCAUGUAGCGAGUUUUCUAUGGAGUCUUACGACAUUCAGUCGGAUAGUUAUCACCAGCUGAUAGCACCGCCCGAGGGGUUUUCAGACUUUCCUGAUCCUCCUCCAGAGCAGAAGGAAAGAGUGACAAAGGGAGAUAGUCCGCCAAAGCGCUCAAUGUCUGACAACGUUAAGAAGGAAGGCUUUAGACGUGUUCGCUCCAACCCGUCCAUAGUUAGCACUAAGGUAAUGAGUGUCAUAUCUUCAGCCUCCUCUAGCAGCAGUGGGGGUAGUGGUAAUAACGCUAAGUUUGAUUCUCCUUCUCUUCCUCCCUCUGUACUAUCAAAUAAUUCAAUGAAAAGAACUAACAGUGAGACUGCUCCUUUACCUGAUGAGAAUGAAUAUGUCAUCAAGUUAAAGGAGUCCGCUGAGGGAGAGAAUUAGUUUUUAAUUAUUAUUGAAUUCAUUAUGAUAGUCAUUAUUAUUAUUAUUAUCGUUAUCGUUAUUGUUGCUUGUAAUCUUUUGUUUUUUUUCGGUGUAAUAAUAAACGUGAUUUUAUUGUUUUGAUUGAUCUUGUGUGUAUUAUUUGUUACCAUGCAUCGUGUAAACUUAUUUUUAACAAUUUUACACUUCAAAAUUCAAACAAUAAUGACCCAA